AUGGCGACCGACGACCUUUUCCUGCUGCACCUCGUGGACUCGGCCGACUGGGUUGCCGAUCAUGAACGCAACCUUUGCGUCGUCUGUACAAGAAGUUUCGGGACAUUCCGCCGCAAACAUCAUUGCCGCAUGUGCGGCGAGGUGGUUUGCAACAACUGCACGCUCUACAAGGACGCAAUGAUUGAGUCCACGCGUGUUCGUGUGUGCAUGUCAUGUGUCAUGAACAAUUCAACCCCGUGGCCAGGUCGACCACAUGGUGCUGUUUCACGGCAGACCUCGGAGGUCUCUCGUCUGUGGCUGCAGAGCCACCUGCACUCUCCUGUAUCUAGGCCAUCAUCCGAGCCAGAUUGUGACGAGCUGCAACUUUGUUCAUCAACACCCAAGUACGGCCAACACUAUAACCUCUUUAGUGUAGAAGACGAGUCGAGAAAUACUUGCAAGAAAAAUUUGCAGGUGGAGCAACAAAGCAAUGAAGCGUCAUUUCAUUGGACUCACCCGUGGCCUCAACCACCUGUGAAUGCUGACGAAGAAGAUCGACUCCAAGUCUUGCACUCGUUGCAUGUGCUGGACACUCAAUUGGAAAAGCCCUUCGACAUGAUUUGCGACCUAGCCAAGGCACGUUUGUCCUGCCCCAUGGCUGCGGUGAGCUUUUUGGACAAACAUCGUCAAUGGUUUAAAGCUAGCGCGGGGCUAGCACGCAAGAUGAUCCCGCGCAAAAUUGCAUUCUGUGCCUACACCGUGCACACGCGCGAGCCGAUGGUUGUACUGGACACACUUCAGGACCCCCGCUUUCGUAAUAACCCACUCGUCUUGGGUGCUGCUGGUGUUCGUUUCUAUGCUGCUGCACCAAUCCUCGGUCCGAAUUCGGACCACGCGGUGGGAAGCGUAUUUGUUCUAGACACACGUCCCAGAGAAGCGUGCGAUAUUUCCAUUUUGGAGCGACUAGCACUGGCGGCAGGAGAAAAUCUUGCUGGUGAGGUUGCAUCAGUUGUUGACAAUCAGCUUCAGUUCGAUGACAACAAUGCCGAAGAGUCAAAAAGGCAUCAGGACAAUGGGCGAGAUGUCACUGUGGAAAAUGCUGCUCAAAAGGAGCGCCAUAGUUUUGACAAGGCGAAGAUCGGGGUUCCGAUGUCUCCUGUCACGUUAACAUCAGCGUUGUCAAUGUCGUCGGUGGCUUUUGCGACGUCUGCAGCGCAAGCACCGUUGCCUGCAACACCGUUGGACAACAAUGAUGGCGAUGGGAGCCAGGACGAGGAUACAUCGGUGGCUAUGACGCAGCUUUCCAUGGAGUCACCUGCAGCAGGUGAACAAAUGGAAGUGCUCCUUAUGCGGCUGCUGACACAAAACACCGUGACGCAGCACCGACUGGCGGUGCAACAGACUUCGCUCUCCACAAAGCUGGGGCAGCACACCGACCAAAUCAGCAAACUCAUGUCUGACUUUGCCCGAAUGGAGGCAAAGGUUGAGUCGAAGGUCGACGGCAGGACAAAGUGA